GAACGAUCACGUGUGAUUCGAAGCGAGCCGACUUCUCCCUCCGAGCGAUCGUACCGAACUCACCUGCAGGCGGUGAUUCCGCCCUCUCGUUGCACUGUUCCUGCGGGUGUGUAAAGCGGUCGUUGUUCUGCCGGUUCUCUCGCGGCGCAUGCGCAGUAUUCUCCUCCAGCUUAUCGCAGGCGACACGCAAAAGAUCGCUUCCUAAACUCUUGCUCGGUAACGAGAAAUGAGCCUCCGCACCACCGGAGAAGACAACUCGGCUUGGUCACGGGCGUUCGCAGUAAGGCACACCGGAAGACCUACGCUCUUUUGGUUACGGUCAAUUCGAGAUGAGCAAACCAGUCGCGUUCAUCACUGGAUGUUCCAACGGCGGGAUCGGGGCGGCAUUCUGUAGAGAUUUGCUAGCGAAAGGAUACAUCGUCUACGCCACCGCGCGCUCUGUGCAGGCCAUGUCCGACCUGGAGCACGAGAAUGCACACAAGCUCGUGGUGGACGUCACGAAUGACGCUUCCGUCGUGAAGGCUAUCGGCACCGUGUACACUGAGACGGAGGGAAUAGACCUACUCAUCUCGAACGCCGGGUUCGGGCAUGUUGGACCGCUGCUGGAUAUUCCGCUCGAAGAGGGGAUGAGCGUGAUGCAGACAAACUUCUUCGGGUUGGUGCGUCUGGUCAACAAUGUCGUGCCGCGCAUGGCGCGGCGCGGGCACGGGACGGUCGUCGCCGUCGGCUCGAUCCUCGGAGAACUCCCUGCGCCGUUCCUGGGCUUCUACAACGCGAGCAAGGCCGCACUGCGAUCUUACACCGAGAUGCUUCAGAUGGAGUGCAAGCCUCUGAAGGUCAAGGUGGUGCUCGUCGCACCGGGCUCGAUACGCAGCAACAUUGUGGGGAAAUUAGCAUACACUUUGCCCGAGGACUCGCUCUACAAGUCGUUCGAGAGGCAGAUCAAGCGUGUCAUGUACCAGAGCCAGACGGCCGCCUAUGGGGUGAUGGACACCGACCGGUUUGCUAGUGUCAUCAUCGGCAAUGUUACCUCCGCGAACCCGUCGCCCUACAUUUCGAUCGGGGGGUUCUCGACACGAACAUGGCUGCUGCAAUGGUUGAAACGUACUUGGGCGCUGGACCUGCUCUGGAACAUCACCCAACGCUCAUAGUCGUGAUUCCACAUGGGCCGUAGAUUUUAAAUUUCGAUACCGGCGAUGUUAUCAUGUUGUUGACUGAGUCGUUAUACCAGACGGCAGUGAAGGCUGCUUUCACGGCCGCUGAUUUGUUCCUUUUUCUCACAGAAAUGCAGUUCGCCAAGAUCAUGAUGAUGAUCUACUACCCGCAGCUCCCUCCUUACGGCCCAAGCUGGCCUCUUCCACCAGCUCAUGAGAUCGAGUCCGCGCUUUAUUUUCUGGAUUCACUAUCACAAACAGUUUCUGCUCGAAGCUGAGCUUUCACCUCUUUGUUUUUGUGCCGCACCUAGCUUUCACAUGAUAGGUUAUCAGUAGUGUAAUGUAGAAUCCUUGCCUUAUUCGGCCUAUCUGUUGAAAAAGCGCGGUGGGCGACCUUUUUUUCUUCGCCCGUCAUUUUUUUCCACAGGCCUUGCGACCAACUGAUAUGCUGCAUACCAGCACAUCCCCCGCAUAAAUGAGUAAUCUACAGCAGAUGUAGGAUUCAUCAAACUACUUGGGUUCCGCCUUGACAGAAUUCCAAAUCAAGUCCAGUGCCCAGGUGCGCUUCACCCACUGGAGGAGCCACGCCUUGGUCGUGAAUCCGCCGAUCGAGAUGUAGGGCGACGGGCUCGCGGAGGUCACGUCACCGAUGAUGGCGUUGGCGAACUGGUCGGUGUCCAUGACCCCGUACUCGGCCGUCUGGCUCAGGUACAUGACGCGCUGGAUCUGCUUCUCGAAAGCCUUGUAGAACGAGUCCUCGGGGACCGUAUACGCUGAUUUCUGUGUCCGUUUCAGCUUGCACAGUAUCGUAUGCGGGAAGGCGGGGCCACGCGCACCGCGGCAAUGUUGCUCCGGAUGGAUCCUGGUGCGACGAGCACCACCUUGACUUUCAGAGGUUUACACUCCAUCUGGAGCGUCUCCGUGUACGACCGCAGCGCAGCCUUGCUCGCGUUGUAGAAACCUUCGAACGGCAUGGGGAGCUCGCCGAGGAUCGAGCUGAUAGCGACGACCGUCCCGUGCCCGCGGCGCGCCAUACGCGGGACGACGUUCUUGACGAGGCGCACGAAGCCGAAGAAAUUCGUCUGCAUCACGCGCAUGCCCUCCUCAAACGGCGUGUCCAACAGCGGUCCUGUUUUCGUCUCAGUUGGCCAACGGCGGCCGCCAUCGGACAUUACACACGCGAUUGCGUGCCUGCUCACCGAUAUGCGCGAAGCCGGCGUUCGAGAUGAGCAGGUCGAUGCCCUCCGUCUCGGCGUACACGGUGUCGAUAGCCUUCACGACGGAAGCGUCAUUCGUGACGUCCACCACGAGCUUGUGUGCAUUCUCGUGCUCCAGGUCGGACAUGGCCUGCACAGAGCGCGCGGUGGCGUAGACGAUGUACCCUUUUGCGAGCAACUUUCUGCAGCUGGGUAUCUCCAAUCAGCCGCGCAGCGUAGAGAAGGACGAUGGGAGAGAGACGUUCAGGCCGACGGUUACAACGAGUUCAAUCUCGACGAGCGGCUUCCCGCGCAGUCGAUCGUCGCUUGUCACGAAGUAAUCGCUCAGUCAUGCAUGCACAAUGACCAUCACCCGCCAAGAUCGUCUUCCAGUGGCUACAUCCUUGCCCCCGCUAGAACAGCGCAAGCGGAGCGGGAGGGUUGCACCUCGCAAGAGAGCGGGCUCAGUCGGCGAAUCGAGAUCGGGACCAGAAGUGGCGCGUGAG